AUGUCAGAAGUGGAGGAUACUCUGGCCCGGCUGAAGGACAUCCCCGAGGUCAAAAACUUUUUUAUCGUGAACUACCAGGGCAACAUCGUCCGCAUCAAGCAUGACAAGCCCAAGAAGGAAGCCGCCGACAUUGGCAACGCCCUCACCAUCCUCACCAAGAAGGCGAAAUCCUUCGUCCGGGACCUGGAGCCCACCAACGACCUGACCUUCAUGCGGAUCGGCACCAAGACGUUCUAAAUCAUGAUCGCCCCCGACCGUGAGUUCAUCCUGGUGAAGGAGAUGUUCGAGGCCCUGGCGAAAUUCCACAUCCUGCCGAUAGCCUCGGACGGCAAGCCAUUCGACCCGAACUUCCAUGAGGCCAUUUCGGAGCUACCCAGCCCGACCAAAGAGCAGGAGGGGCUGGUCCUGGCCACCACCCAGAACGGCUACACCAUCCGGGAGCGGGUCCUGCGAAGUGCCAAGGUGUGCACCUACCGCAAGGAAUGA